AUGUCUUCAACACCACAACCUCCUUAUCCUCUCCACGAAUCUGUCCGUGACAAACUAGAUCCAGAAUAUGUCGAGUUCUACAACAAGCAUAUUAUCAACAAUCAGCAAGUCCAGUACCAGCCGGUGGAAGCAUCUCGCUCUUCUGGUAUAUUGAUUCCUGGCGCAGGCCCGCAGCUUCCCGUUGGAGAUAUCAAGGACCUCACGUUCCAGCGCGUCGAGAGCGUUGGCCCAGAUGUGCAGGUUCGGGUAUUCACUCCCGAAGGACCUAAGCCCAGCAAAGGGUGGCCGGUGUGCCUUUGGUUUCACGGCGGUGGCUGGGUCCUUGGAAACAUUAAUACCGAGAAUGUCGUUUGCUCGCAUAUCUGUUCCAGAGUCGAAGCUGUAGUCGUAUUUGUCGAUUACCGCACGGCGCCCGAAGAUCCGUUUCCUGCUCAGGUCAAUGACUGCUGGGAGACGGUACAAUGGAUUUUGAGAAGCGGGAAAGACGUGCUGCAGGUUGAUGUUUCGAGAUUCGCAGUUGCUGGGUCGUCGGCAGGAGGCAACUUAGCAGCGGUCAUGUCGCAGCGAGCAGUUGAGCGAGGUGGGCCAAAGUUCGCCGCUCAGGUUCUUGUCGUGCCUGUGAUGGAUAACACGGCUUCUCCGGAAACGAAAGCAUCCUGGAAAGAAAACGAAUUCACUGCUGCGUUGCCUGCCGAAAAAAUGAUGUGGUACAGAGUCCGAUAUCUGCCCAAUGAAGGAGACUGGUCCAGCGCCGAAGCAUCGCCGUUGCUCUGGAGCGGAGACUGGAGUCGACUCCCACCAAGCAGGGUUAUCGUCGGAGAGCUGGACGUCCUACGCUCCGAGGGAGAAGAGUUCGCGGCAAAGACCAACAAGGCAGGAGUCUCGAGCGAAUGUUUCGUGAUGUCGGGAAUGCCGCAUCCAUUCUUGGCAAUGGAUGGUGUAUUGACGAAAGGCAAGGAAGCCAUCACGCUAGUGUGUGAAGGGCUGAAGAAGACGCUGCAUUAG